UGCCUGCUUUACCUUUUUGAGGCAGUGAGAAAAAUGCAAUGUUUAUGGGAGCGUUAAUGCCUAGGAAUGGCCUCAUGUCUGGAAUGCGCGGAUGAGAAGUCGUCUCACAAUAGAUCAUUGUGAAAGAUUUCGUAAAAGCCCGCCCAUCAGGCAUAGGCCAAAGCAAUUCUUCUGUAAUCUUCUUGCCUGUCACCAGACCACUUGUUUUGAUGCCAAGAAAAGUUUUAAUCAAGCUCGAAACUUUGUAGGUCAAGCUCCGAUCACAGUCAAGCUUCACUCUUUAGAGAUCUGUUUUACAAAGCUAACAGGUUGAUUAUUUGAGAUCUCUAGCCUUGUUUUAACCAGAUGGCUUUUGUCAGACCUGGAGUGAUCUACUGGUCACAUGAUCGGUUUCGGGGGUUGGGAGGGUUAGGGUUUGAGGUCAGCGGUCAUGGUGAUGUCUAGUGCCGUCAGUGAGUGGGGUGCCUCAAUAGUAAAACUCUAGUGUUGUGUAGUGCAGAGCCACUACUGAAUAUUCAUUGUUGGAUUGAUCAGUUUAUGGCAAUGAAUCCAUUUAUAUUUUGAAAUAAAUCCACUUUUCUUUUAAAAUGUAGUUCAAUUAUUAUCUCUUUCUGUGGUUUCACCCGCUUGACAAACCAGUGCACUUAAGACUCUGCAAAAAUCAACCUGUUGCCAUAGUAAUAGAAGAAACAGAGAACCGCUACACAAGAGGGGUUCAGCAAGAACAUUUGGCCCUUUUCGACUGUGCAUUAGCAUACCAUCCCUGAGCCAAUAGGGAGACAGAAGCUGCUAGAUUGCUUCAAGGAGACUGGCUAUGACAACAGCCCCCUUCUCAUUCUCUCCCCCCUUCCUUCCCGGGGUAAAAUCACCAUAAUCCCUGUAGAGAUCUGCCCUGACUGCAACAGUCACACAAGCACUGGAAGUAGAUAUUAAGAGUGUAUGUGCUAAGGCUCGUAUGAUCAGAUCUCUACAUGGGGUUUGUCAAGGCUACCUUUUUCUGUAGUCUUGCAUAUGGAAGAAGUGGAUGGUUGAAAAGACUCGCACUGCGGUCCGGGACCGGCCGUCUAUGGAGGGCCCUUUGUCCUGGCCUGUCUUUGAUGUGAAUGUGGAAUGCGCUGCCUGGGGAGUCCACUGGAGCAAACCCGGCUCUCAGUACCAUUUCAUCCAUCAAAGCGUCUCAGGUCUGCUCAUUUAGGGACCUGUUUGGCAAACUUACUUGCUUGAGGGAUUGUUUGGAAGAUGAAAAUGGUGGAUAUUGUAGCACAGAAAAUGCCAUCAGAGAGCGACGUGCAUAUGGCCCGGAGCUUUCUCACGAAGAUUUUACGAAGUUCCAUGAGAAAGAACCGAUUUAAAGGGAGAAAUGAACCCAUGAGUAGACCUCACUCCUGGCAUGCGACCAAGUUCAACGAGAGCCACUCAGAGGCCAAAAACCAGUCCACACCCUCACCAGUCUGGCAAACAAGAUAUGAUGCAAGUUCAUUCUCUUCUGAACUCUCAACUGGCUGGGAGCAAACAAAUCUACAGAGAGUAUCCGACCAGUUCAGCUCUUUGGGGAGUAUGGACAGCAUAGAGCAUAGCGCGCAUCCCUAUCCACCUGGUCGUCUUUCCCCAGGCAAGUCGAACAAUAACAGCAUUGAACAUUUGGGCAGUGGUAAACGAGACUCUGCUUACAGCUCCUUUUCUACAAGCUCAGGAACCCCAGAUUACACACUGUCCAAAAGUAACGCUGCAUCCACUGAGAACAUGCUGUACAAAAUUAAUCAGUGGGACUCAAGUGGCAGGCACAGCAAUGGCAGACAUAGCCAAAGCCUAAGCGAAGCAGUACGACAAGAGGAGAGGCUUGGAUACUUGCAGCAUCUCUCAAGUUCAGGUAGCCAUGAGAUCCCAAAAGCCGAAGAACAACCAGGCACUCGGCAAUCAAUCUCUGGAAGAGUUAGUAUUGGACCUGUCUGGCAUGUUCCAGAUAUGAAGAAAAACAUGGUAUCCUCCACCCCACCUCCUACUCCACCGACACGCAGUGAUAGUUUUGCAGCUACCAAGGUUCAUGAGAAGGGUCUGAUCACAGGCACCUCUGAAGGCCUUGGUGUUCACGCCCAGUUAAAGCCUCAGGUAAAAGCAUUGCAAAAGACAGGAGAAACCCAUGAAAGCACACAAAGGUCUCACCAAGUCAACGAGACUGGUCUUGAGGGUCGACGCGAUUAUAACCUGCCAUCCAAAAAUGAUUCCUCAAAUCCCUACAUUUCAUCCGAUGCCCAUCAUCAAUAUCCACCCCGUAUGUCAUCAGACAAGACAUACUCCCUAUCAACGACAGACAUUAGAGAUAGACAUCAGUCCUAUGCCCAUGUACCAUACCAUCCACAGCAAUACAGCGACGAGGGCACUUUUCACGCUCAAACUAGGACAAUACCAGCACUGAAACCUCCAUUCAGUGGCUACUUCAGCAGUAUGCAGGAGCUGCCCACAAACAACCACAUGCAACUCAAUAGCCAGAAUCAAACUAGAAGGCCAGCUGCAUCAAUGUCCGGUCAUGUUGGAGUUACCUCUCAUCAUAUCGCUCAGGGAAUGACCCAGGCAUCUUUAGUGAGAGUUGAUGACUCUAAAGCUUCUUCAGUCUCAGAAAUGUCACACAGUGGACGGGACAGGAUGUCCAUAGGUUCUCAAGGAGGAGCAAAAGACCGCUAUUUCCCACCUCAGUCACAGCACCAUGAUACAGAGCAUAAAGACAACAAUGCCCCCUUCAAACAAAGUGACAACCACCAUCGCAUUUUCUCUGCACCAAGUAAUCCCUUGAAUGUACCGGAGUUAACAAAACCUUCUGAAUUGAGGGGGAGCCAAAAGCAACACCAAGUGUCUAGCUCAGAUGAGCAUUCUGGUAGUUAUCCCUCAAGUAAGCAACCCGAGCACAUGAGAAGUGCUGGUCAUCUCCAUCUUAAAGAAUACUCACAACAACCCUUUCCAACUAAAGGCGAGUCAAAGAUAUGUCCCCAGAAAACACCAAUGCUGUAUUCUCUGGCCCAAGAGCACAAUGACGUGGAGGACUGUCAAGAUGAGAUCAACAGCGGAAGUGCACAACAGGAAGCCCUUGACAGUCAGAGUGGCAAACAGGCACGACGAAGUGACCGAUUUGCCACCACCUUGCGCAAUGAGAUCCAGAUGAGGAGGGCCCAGCUUCAAAAGAGUCGAAGCGCAGCCACUUUAGAAAGUCCGGUUGAAGCUGUAGAAGAGCCUGCAGUCUGGAAGACCACUGGGACUUCUUCUUCCUCCUCAGAUGGCUGCUUUUCCAGCUCUUAUAAAGACCAUCUGAAAGAGGCCCAAGCCAGAGUCCUCCAGGCUACAUCCUUUAGGAGGAAAGACCUAGAGCCAGUCUUGUUUGAGCAUCCAGGUUCUGAGGGUCCCACUCGGAAAGACACACCUCCGCUUCCAGGUGUCUCCGAGGUCCCACCUACCAAACCCACCUCAGGGAGUAAUCAGGUGCUUCGCAUUGGUAGCCGCAAGCGGUUUUCUGCAGAGAAGAAAGUUCGGUCUUUUUCUGAGCCAGAUAAAAUUCAUGAAGUAGGAGAUAAUGAGCGCUCCAGUGUGCCUGAUAAUGCUGCACCCUUAGAAAAUCGGCACAGAUUAUUUGAGGCAGUGGGGAAACCAGCUUUCCCUAAGCCUAUGCAAAAGCAAAACCUGCAGAUAUCUGAAGACACCAGACUAUCCAAGUCUGGAGGCAUGCACUAUUCUGCAAAGAAUGACACAGCAGGGCGGAGUAACAGUGAAAGCUCAACCCCCACUGAACACCACCUUAAUGAAGGUCAGGAUGGCCCUCAUUCAGUGAACCGACAAGCCAUGCUAGAACAACAGCGACUUGGCAGCUUUGCGGAGUAUGAGGCCAAAUGGAACAACCAGAGGAAAACGGCCGAACCAAGGGUAUCUGGACGAUACCACUCCGCUGAUAACAUCCUUGAUUCAGGAAAUGAGAGACGGAGUAAGCCCACCUGUGUGCAUGAAAGAUCUAGAUCCUCCCCUUCUGCUGACUUCUAUGGACGGAAACUUCCAGUUCAAGAAAAGAAGUCAGCUGACUAUUCCAAGCCUGAGAAAAAUCUCUGCGAACAGGAUAAGAAUAGUACAAGCCACUGGUUCUAUACACCCAGCAGGUUAAAUGAGAAGGGAUACAGUGAACUCGUAUGCAAGGAGAAGCCAGAAGCACCUCCUUUGGCUUUGACUGAAGACCUGGAGAAAAAGGCUUUAGAUCCUCCAUCCAGUCAUCAUAAAACUGUACAGCAUUUCUCUGACCAUAGCAAUCGCAGUGAACCUUCAGCCCUCUCCAAAAACAAGAGCUCUGUUCUCGUGCCCCAUCUGGAGAAGUACAAAUGCCCUGAGGGCACACCUCCUCCUCUUAGCAAAUUUCAGGAGGUCCAGCCUGGAUCACGAGGAGGAGUCUUGGCCUCACUUUCUCCUGUCAACAAUCAAAGCUCCGCCCCUCUUUCAGUCCCUGUUCCCUGGAAGGGUUCCGAGCAGCACAGCAAAGGGCCAACCAGGGAGGAGGAGCUAAAACAAGAACUUGUGCCUCCUCCCUUUCCACCUCCUCCCCCUCCAGCUGUCCUGCCCACCCAAGCACCUCCUUUGGCUUUGACUGAAGACCUGGAGAAAAAGGCUUUAGAUCCUCCAUCCAGUCAUCAUAAAACUGCACUGCAUUUCUCUGACCAUAGCACUCGCAGUGAACCUUCAGCCCUCUCCAAAAACAAGAGCUCUGUUCUCGUGCCCCAUCUGGAGAAGUACAAAUGCCCUGAGGGCACACCUCCUCCUCUUAGCAAAUUUCAGGAAGUCCAGCCUGGAUCACAAGGAGGAGUCUUGGCCUCACUUUCUCCUAUCAACAAUCAAAUCUCCGCCCCUCUUUCAGUCUCUGUUCCCUGGAAGGGUUCAGAGCACAGCAAAGGGCCAACCAGGGAGGAGGAGCUAAAACAAGAACUUGUGCCUCCUCCCUUUCCACCUCCUCCCCCUCCAGCUGUCCUGCCCACCCAACAAACCGCUGGCCCGACCCAGCCCACCAUGGAGGGGCAGCGUUCGCCCUCGCCCCAGUUUGCUCCCCAGAGGCUGACUGACAAGCCCCCUGUCUCCGUCUCCAUACAGGAUGAAGCUCCUGGAAGGAUGGAUAGGGUUAAAGAUGAGAACACGUCAGUGAAGAAAGUUCCCAUUAAGAUUGUCCACUCCGAGAGUGACACCGAAAAGGAAAGUCGACAAUAUCUCGACCUGCCCAUCGAGACCCCUGUCAGCUCUCAAGGACCUGGAGUAACUCAUCUUCAGAGUUUGGGAAACCCGGAUCAGUCAUACUCUCUGUUCUGUACUUACGCCAGGCAAAAGGACCAGGGGCCUGAUCCGAGAGAAGCAGAUAUUGGCCCUCUGAAAGACCAGGGUCCACAAACCAGUGUGAACCCAGUAUCUUAUGCGUUACAUGGCCUGCAGACGGCCCCUUCGUCUGAUCAGAGCAGCAACGGAGUGUCUUCACAUCCCUCACGGUCAGAAGAUGACGAAAAAAGAAAGGAGCUUGCUAAAGACAUAAUGGACAAGGACAAGUCCCUAGUGGACAUUUUAGACCAGAGUAAGAUGAAGACCACCAUGGAUCUGAUGGAGGGGAUUUUCCCUCAAGGAGAGCAGCUACUGGAAGAGGCCCAACAGCGCAGGAAAGCUGCACCUAAACAGCUCUCUCCUCGCAACUCUGUGGAGAAGAAAGAGGAGGACAGCCUGGUGGCAGCCACUGCUUUAGUGACUAAUUCAACCUACUACAGUACAUCUGCACCCAAAGCAGAGCUGUUGAUUAAGAUGAAGGACAUGCAGGAACAGAGUGUGGAACACAACUCAGAGGAGGAGCUGGACGAGGACAAUGAAAGUGAUCUUGCCAGCAAGAAGCAUGAGUUGAUUGACAGUCUCAGCAAGAAGUUGCAGGUGUUGAGGGAAGCUCAGGAGAGUCUACAGGAGGACGUGCAAGACAACAACGCUCUUGGGGAGGAUGUGGAGGCCAUCGUACAGGGUGUCUGCAAGCCUAAUGAACUCGAAAAGUUCCGUAUGUUCGUAGGUGAUCUUGAUAAAGUGGUUAACCUUCUGCUGUCUCUGUCUGGACGCUUGGCCCGAGUAGAGAAUGCUCUGAACAGCCUGGAGGAAGACGCUUCACUGGAGGAGAGGCGUACACUGACAGAGAAACGCAAACUGCUGAUCCGUCAACAUGAGGAUGCCAAGGAGCUGAAGGAGAACCUUGACAGGAGAGAACGGGUCGUCUACGACAUCCUGGCGAGCUACCUGUCAGAGGAGAAUAUGGCUGACUAUGAGCACUUUGUGAAGAUGAAGUCUGCCCUUAUUAUUGAGCAGCGCAAGCUCGAGGACAAGAUCAAACUGGGGGAGGAGCAGCUCAAUUGUCUGAUGGACAGUCUCCCAAUGGACCAGAGGACAACCAUCUGAGGACUUAAAAAACAGCUUAUGCAGUGAUCCAGAGCAACGCGCUUGACGUCACCCUAAAUAACAGGGUUCCAAAGCAGUACUUAAUGUGGUCCAUUUACUGCCAAUGGAAUUGCAUUCUGGUCAUAUAUUGAGUGCUUCUUGUCUGCCCCAGCAGACAUCAUUUUGGCAAGACUCAUAAAGACUGUGAAAGUGCUGGGCACUUUUAGAUCAUGAUUUGACCAAAUCACCUGUCAGCUGAUCUUAUACUUUCAUGACGUUCCAAUGUUACACGACCCAUAGAAUUAUAUGGUGAAAUAAUAAUAAUUUUUAAAGACACUUUUAAUUUUUUCCCCCACAUCGGUUUAAAUAGAUCAUGCCCUUUUUGCACCAAUGUGCUCUCAAAACUUGACACUCUGUAUGUACAUGCCGUGGUCACUCACUGUGCUGUAUCUUUUUCACCACUAGAGGGCAAUGAAAGACACCUCAAAAUGUCUUAUGCCUGAACGCCAAUACAAACUCUUGUGAUUCAAACAUACACUCAAAUCCCGGUGGCAUAAAGCUUUGCACAUGUAAGCUGUUUCUAUUUACACCAGGAGGUUGUAAUUAACUUCCGAAAAUGACUUUUUGAUGGUGCAUAAUUUCAAAGGACUUGUGUCUCUAUCCUGGUCAUGUUUAAAAUAAUUCAAUGAUAUUUUUAGUAAUUUAUUUUAGCCUUUUGAAUCUUUGUAUAUAACUAGAAUAGGCUAGAAUUGAACUCUUUCACUUCAUUUUAGCCAAGCAAACUACCACUUUAGUCUACACGCUUUUUAUAGAUGAAUGUAUGAUAUAUCACCAAACAAUGCAUCAAAAUUAGGACUGACUGUAAGUAUUCUGAAAGACUUGCCUAAACGAUACAAUAUUAUUUCACUAAGGAUUCAGUGCUUGUCUAUAAAAUACCAGCUGUCUUUUACUCCACGUCAUGUGUUUGUGUCAUUUAUAUUUUCAUCUGUAAGAUAUUUGUGACCCUGGACCACAAAACCAAUCAUAAGGGUAAAUUUUUGAAAUCAUCAU